UGCAGACAGACCUAACAGCAGGUUCCAGGCUCCUGAAUAAAAGUAAGCACAAGCUGUUGCCUUAUGAACGAAAAACAAAUCCAAGAUUUCAGCCACUGGAAUUAGGAAGACAACGAUUCAGAUUCCAUAAUGCCUCUGAGGAAAAAAGUGCGACCAAGUUCUGCUUCUGGGAAGUUAGAGACCUCCACGCUGACCAGCAUUCUGAAUGAGCUAACAGAGCCGACAUUGACAAAAGACUCUCUGUUUGGAAGGGCACAGACUUCGUUUGCAGGCCCCAGAUUGCAAACUGCCUCUCCAGUUUCUAUUGGCAGCUUUUCAGAAGAUCAAAAGAAUAUUCCCAGACCUCCAGAAUGGCUGGUGAGGGAAUUGCUGAAACGGCAGCAAAGGAGUCACUCCAUUGGACUCAUGGAAAACAUCUCAGAGAGCGAAAGUAUUCAUCACCGUGCCGAUUCCUCCAGAAGCCACUGGAAAGGCAAAAUUGAACAGCAGAUUACACUUGAUCAGCUGCAGAAACUAUACACAGCCUUUCAGGGAUUGGAAACAAGUGGACAUAAAUCUGUGGAUGUAGAAAGCUUCAAGCACAUAUUAAAGACAUGUGUGGGACCACAUAAUGCAACUGAUGAAGAAGUGGAAAAACUGUUCAUGAAAAUAGACUAUUUGGCAACUGGCAACAUUCAGUGGCAUGAUUUCUGCACAUACUUGCAGAUAGAAUAUGCUGAACUGGACAGCUCAUCUAUGCGCUUGAAAGAGGUCGCCUUUUCACUUCCUGCUACAAUGCAAGAGAUCCCACACGGAGAGCCUGUGCUGCGCAUUUGCUCCCUGGUGGACAGCACAUUAAUAACAGCACAGGAAGAUGGGCAAAUUUCUUUCUGGUCACCAGAGUUCAAGCUCAAACGAAGCAAGAUGGUGUUUGAGAAAAUUCACAGAAAAUCUAAGUGGCUGAUGGAUUUUACUGUCAUGACACCCUACAAUAAACUAAUUCUGGGAACUGGGGAUCGUGAACUUCAGUUUUAUGAAAGCUCAAACUUUGAACCAUACCUUCAGAUUAGUGGUUUGGAAGCGAUACCUUUGAAUCUAGAUUACUGCUACACAGAUCAUGAUGAAUGUAUGAUUCUUUAUGGCGAUGACCAGGGAUGUGUCAAUAUCUUGCAGUUAUAUUCUGUGGGUGAGACCCUGAGGACAUGGAAGAAGCUGCCCAAAGUGGAAAAUCUCCCUAAUAUAAGGCUUGAGAGUGCUAUAUUUUCCCCAAAUGUCACUUACAUCCGUUGGAAAGUUCAUGGAGAUUGGGUGACUCAGCUGAAUUAUUAUGAUUCCAUUAAGGCAAUAAUUUCUGCAUCAAGCCAUGAGCCUACAGCCUUAGUAAUAGGUUGCAUUAUGGGUGCUACCAAUGUUGAGCAACAAAUGAGAGAAAUAAAAGAAAAUAAGAAAGAUUCAAAGAUGAAGAAAUCACAGGAAAUGCUAGGAACUCCCUCCCAGAGAGCUGAAGGGGAUCAGAUUAUUUUUCGGGUUCAUAAAGGAGUCAAAACAUUUGCAGUUAGUAAAAAGAAUAAUGCCAUAGUAACCGGCGGAAUGGAUCGAAUUAUUCGAAUAUGGAAUCCAUACAUGCCUGGAAGACCCACAGGCAUGCUCAAAAGUCAUAUGGCCCCCAUUUUCUAUGUCUACGUAUCUGAGGAGGAUAAAAUAUUUUCCAUAUCAACAGACAACACAGUUAAGAUAUGGGAUAUGGAGGAUCAGACUUGCUUAUUCACUGCUUGUUCAAAAAACAAUGGAAUUAAAGGAGAGAUUACUACUUGCCAUUAUAUAUCAGGGACUCGAUCACUCUGUGUUGCCACGGAUACACUGGCCAUUCUUCACCUAAGAUUACGUAGAUCAGCUCCAGAUCUUUAUAUAGUAACUUCCCAUAAAAAACCAGUUUUGUGCUGCAAAUUCAAUAAAGUGUUCAGGCAUGUUGUGAGCUGCUCUGAAGAUUCUGUGGUCAAGGUAUGGGAUUUCGAAAGCGGAAAGCCUGUAUUUGAAUUUGGCAAUGCUCAUGGUGAUUCUGCAAUUACAUGCCUCACAUUUGAUUUUAGUGGAAGAAGACUCAUUACUGGAGGAAAAGAUGGCUGCUUGAAAAUAUGGAAUUAUAAUAAUGGACAGUGUCUUCACACUUUGAAAAAGGAAGACAGAUAUGAUGAAGUUCGUGACUGUGCUUAUGCGGAGAUCAACAAAAAUGAGUAUAUCAUAGGUGUGGGAUGGGACAGAAGAAUAAAUUUGUUUUAUGAUUCCACAGAUGAUUUCUAUCAUAUUAAGAAACCUCAGCCCCACUGGCAGGAUGACAUAAACUGGGGACACAAAGAAGACAUUCUCUGUGUUGCUCAGUGUCCCCCUAAUCUUCUUGCAACAUCCAGUUAUGAUGGUGAAAUUAUUGUUUGGAAUAUGGUCUCAGGUCACAUAGACCAUAGAUUCUACAUUCCAAUGACCACAGCUGCCUCUGUUCAUUCUCAGAUUGAUGUGACACGGAUAAUUUUUCUAAAGACUCGUGCUGUGAAAUUUGAUUCAACUACUGCAUCUCUGGUUUCCAAUGGGCCACAAGGUUUUUUGCAUUUCUGGAGCCUGUUUUCAGAGGAUCCACUCAUAGCAAGUUUUCAACCAUCUAGGGGGAAAUCCCUGAUCAGCAGCAUUGCUAUGACUGCAGAUGAUUCGUAUAUGUAUGCAGCUGAUGAAGAUGGUUAUGUAUAUGUCCAUGACAUCCAAAAUUAUGCCCUUCAGGAUACAAAAGAAGAAACACCAAAAUAUGUGAACCAUUGGCGAGCUCAUUUAGGUCUGGUUCUAACGUUAGAAGUUAUAGAUGAAGAUAAUAUCCUUUUAUCCUGUUCUAUUGAUUGUACAAUUCGUUUGUGGAGUCUGAAUGGAGAGUACAUUGGAACCUUUGGCCAGGAAGAACCUUGGGAAAUUUUUAACACAUCCUCCUGGAAACAUCCUAUGGUCCCUUAUGAGAUUUUGAUAGAUCCACAGAGUAUGCCCAUACAUCCUAUGCUGGAAGACACUUCCUCUGAUAUGCAGAUCAUCAGUCAAGAUGAGAAUAAAAAUCCUUCCAAGAAAGCUACUUGUAAUCCACACUCAUCACAAGUUACUGUUACCGAUGAGGAUAUUGAAGAAGAAAUUAACAAGAGGCUUUACUCACAAGCUUCAAGCAGGCGGAUGAAGUAUGAGAGAUCCAAGCUUUCAAACAGAUGGAUUAAACACAGGGGACCAAGCAUCUAUCAUGCCAUUGACUAUUAUGAAAUUGACAAUUUACCAGGAAACUGUGAGAAACCUGACUUGUCUGUCCUUGGAGUAGACAUAUUCAGUGCUAAUUAUCAAGGAGCAACAGAGCAGUAAUACUGUAUACUAAAACACUUCAGUAACUCGUUAAUCUCAUAACUGACAUUUACACAAUACAUAGAGAAUUUUCUCCCUGUUAAACCUAAUAAUUGGUUCUGUUUUGCAGACUUGUUUCACACAUGCUAAGCCAUGGCUUGUUUAAUUGUGUUUUACUGAUUAGGCACAGUUGGUUGGGUUCACAUUUAAUAAAAGAUAACCAUGGUUUUCUAAACCACUGACACAGGUUGUAACAUACAGUACUAGGCUAGAGUGUAGAGACUAAAACUAAACAUUUUUUUUUGUGACAGUACUUGGCUGCAAGGGGUAGAAGGACAACACAAUGUGCCAAACUGUGUUUCUUUGGUAGGUACAUUUUUAAAAGUUGUGUUAAACCUACUCCACAAAUAAAUUGGUGUUUGGGUUGCUGAUCUCAAAAAUGAUGUAAACUGAAAUUCAGUAGUGGGGAAAGCAAAAUAAGGUUUUAGGAGGCUGCAUAUGAUGAAGGGACCAAGCUAUCCACUGACUAUAUAAAUCAUGGCGUGCAAACAAUUCUGACUAGAUUAGCAGAAAUCAAAGCAAGACAAAUCAUAUUAAGAUUUAGAUGGCAGUGUGAACCCAUAAGUGCCCAUUCUCGUCAAAAUAUUUCAAACUGCAGGAGUGAACCAAGACUUUCCAGAUAUUGGAGUCCAAAGUUCUUGUCACCUUCAGCAGGAUGGUAAUUGUUAGGAAUGGUGGAAGUUGUAGUCCAAUUCAGCUGUUUCUUUAAUAUACUUUGAUCCAGGAGAUUGCACAUGUUUCUUCCUGGGAGUCCGAGCUUCCAGCAACCAUGGUAUACUCCUUUCUGAAGAAUCUAUCUUUCAAUUCAGGGAUUUUAAAGAACUACUAUCAUGAAUACAUACCCCUUUGUGUGUAUAGUGGUGGUAGGGAGAUUGUUGAUAUGGUAGUGGCUGAGAGUUUCACAGCGUCCUGCACAAAGCAAAUUAUCUGGACCAGGGGUGAAAUGUAAAAUUUGUUACUACCGGUUCUGUGGGCGUGGCUUGGUGGGGGGGGUAAUGUGACUAGGUGGGCAUGGCCAACUUUUUUUUUUUAACUUUUCAAAGCAUUUUUUCUAAUGCUUUGAAAAGCCUCUGACGAUCAGGCAACUCAGCUGGGAUCUUCAGAGAGGCUUUUAAAAAAAUACCUCUCUGCCGAUCAGGCAACUCAGCUGGGAUCGUCAGAGAGGUUUUUUUAAAAAUACCUCUCUGCCGAUCAGGCAACUCAGCUGGGAUCGUCAGAGACUUUUCAAAGCAUUUUUUUUACCACCUCUUCAGCCAAGAGGUUGCAGAAAAAAAUGCUUUGAAAAGCCUCUGACGAUCCCAGCUGAGCUACGCGA